CUCUUCUCUCCCUCUGCUCAGGUAGUCGGGAAGAGGGACAGCUCUGCAGGGGAGGUCCUGGUGGCACAGGUGCUGUCUGGGCGGCCCUCCUCUCCAUGUGGCAUCUCAGACUGGAGCCUGAGGCUGAAAGACGUUGGAGACUUCGCAUUCCGUCAGGCCCUACCCAUGGCUAAUUUAGAGACAGCCUGCCUUCCCUUGCAGAAGAGACCCUGCAGGAUGCAGGCCUUCAGAAUCUGGGAUGUUAACCAGAAGACCUUCUACCUGAGGAAUAACCAACUAAUUGCUGGAUACUUGCAAGGACCAAAUAUUAAACUAGAAGAGAAGAUAGACAUGCUGUCCAUUGAGCCUCAUGCUGUGUUCCUGGGCAUCCACGGGAGGAAGCUCUGCCUGGCCUGUGUCAAAUCUGGCAGUAAGAUCAGGCUCCAGCUGGAGCCAGUUAACAUCACUGACCUGAGCCAGAACAAGGAGCAGGACAAGCGCUUCACCUUCAUCCACUCGGACAGCGGUGCCACCACCAGCUUUGAGUCUGCCGCUUGUCCCGGCUGGUUCCUCUGCACAGCCCUGGAGGCAGACCGGCCUGUCAGCCUCACCAACAUGCCUGAAGAGGCCGUCAUGGUCACCAAGUUUUACUUCCGGCAGGACCAGUAGUACUGGAUGUACCCCCACCCUACUCCUGGCACUUCGAUGACUCCAGAGACUGCCUCUCCACCCCCGGGGGCCUCCUAGCUGUCAUGGGGCCCCUGGCUGUCUGAGGGGACUUGGUGGGCUGGACCCUCCCUUGAAAGGAGCCCAAGGGCUCUGGGGGCAGAGCUCUGUCUCCAGCCUCCUCGGCCAACCCAGCCUCUGCAUUGCCUCCAUGAUGGUCUUUCUAAAGUGGGGCUUGAGCCACAGCUCUGUUCAGAGCUCUUCAAUGCAACCGUGUCUUCACAGUAACACCCAGGCCACCAGGCAGCUUGGAUGCCCUCUGUGGUCCUCUCCGCAACUCCUCCUCCUUCCAUGCCCCAGGUGACCUCAAGCCGCUCACUGACCUCCCACUAAGUGACUCCCAAACCUUGUUUUGUAAACUGAUGGUGCUCCAUGGGGGAGAUCUGUGGUGAAAUAGACAAUACGGAUUUCAUGGUACUUUUUUUAAAGCCAACUCUGUCCAGUUUGGAGGAGAGUCCUUUAUCUGUAGAUUCUGUCCUUUCUGGAAGGGGAAUAUCAAAAUAUUUCUGUAUUUGUAAAAUGAUGGUGAAAGUAGGUCUCUCUUUUUAAUCUUUUUAUUAUUUUUGUAAUGCUCUAACCUAUAAAAAUGAAAAGCUUUUGUACUAUGUUGGUCCCUAAGUUUUUUCUUUCUGGAACGCUUCUGUAAGUCUGGAGGCCCCGAGCCCCAUCUCCACUCCAGACUUCUUACAGCUGCUUGCAGUGCUUCUGAAAGUUCCCCAGCUCCCAAGGCACAGCACAAAUGGGCUUCAUCUAGUUCUUUCCUGGGCUGGGAGAGGUGAAUGGCUCCUUGACCAUUUAGCACUUCUGACUUGUUUAAAAGAUGGUUGUGCCUCUGUCUGGCUCCCUCACAGCCCACAAGCACCUGAGAGCAGUGAGUUUGAGUUCCUGCGUCUCAGGUUCCCACAGGGCUGGGCACAUGGCCUGGCCUCAGCAGGUGCUCCAUUGAUGUGUGUUGUAUAUGUUGAGUGGAAAGUUUUCCAACUCCCCAUGACUCAGGCUUUGUUUUACAAUAAAAUCUUGAAAACUCA